GAAUUUUAUGUCUUAAACCCUAAAAACCUCUGUAAUCUCUCACCCCUCCGAGGAGGCUUUCAUUUUUGUCUCUGAAAUGGGGAAAAAGAGCGCUAACCAGAAACAGAAGGUAAUCCUACCGCCGGAACUUCCACCAGAGGUUACCGAGGAGGAAAUUGAGGUCUCCGAUGAGGACUUGCAGUUUGUCAACAAGAACCGAGACUAUGCUCGCUUCGUUACCGGUCUAGACACUCAAUCCAUUACCAAGCAUGUUACGCGUGUUGCUGAUGUUGAAGAAGAUGCUUUGGAGGCAUUAUACGAGAAACGUUUGCGCAAGAAGUCACUGCAGAAGCCCGAGGAGGAAAAUAAGCUCCAGGUUCAUCGUGUAGAUGCCCUUCCUGUCAAAACACUUGACGGGAAACUCUACUACCGAACAUCAAAAACAUCCGAUGCACCUGAAAAUGAUGGGAAGGAUGGGGUAGUCGAUGAGGAACAGGUCGAUAAUAGUAUAUUGAAGUUAACCAAAGCAGAAAAGAGGGCAAAGCUGAAAAAAAUUAAGAAGGUUGCCAAGAAACAAGAGGAGUUAACGAAAGCUGAAGAAGUUCAACCAACCCCACAAGCAGCAGUUCUGGCCGAGGUGAAAGAGGAUCUCACUGCUGAAAAGGCAUUUGAAAGUAAGAAGCAGAAACUUGCAGAGCUAGGAAUUGAAUUGCUGGCAGAUCCAAAUUCCAAUAUUAAAUCUCUGAAGGAGAUGCUACAGAUUGCUAAGGAUAGUGAUCAAGCAAUUGUGAAACUUGGACUUCUCUCAUUAUUGGCUGUUUUUAAAGACAUUAUACCUGGUUACCGGAUUAGGCUUCCCACAGAAAAGGAGCUAGAAAUGAAAGUAUCCAAGGAUGUUAAGAAAAUGCGGUAUUAUGAGUCCACUCUUCUUACUGUUUAUAAGGGAUACCUACAGAAGCUAAUAUCAUUAGAAAAGACGACGUCAUUUCAGCACGUAGUUAUUCGCUGUAUUUGUACUUUGCUUGAUGCAGUUCCCCACUUUAACUUUCGGGAGACGUUGUUAGGUAUAGUGGUGAAAAACAUAAGCUCCCCUGACGAUGUUGUAAGAAAACUUUGUUGUGGUGCUAUUAAGUCUUUAUUUAUCAAUGAGGGAAAGCAUGGUGGUGAAGCGACUGUGGAGGCUGUUCGGUUGAUUGCUAACCAUGUGAAAUAUCAUGACUGCCAAUUACACCCUGAUUCCAUCGAGCCUUUCGGACAUUUAACAUUUGACGAGGAUCUGGGGAAAGCAGAAAAGACAGACGAACAUAGUAAAGUGAAGAACAAAAAACAUAAGAAAAUAAAGAAUCGCAAGGAAUCAAGUAAUUUGCAAGGGAAUGAUGGAAGACAAAGUAUGAGGACAAAGAUAACAGAAGAGGUUGCUGCUGAUUACAGGGCUGCUUCUCUUGCCCCAGAUGUGAUGAAGCAGAGAGAGAUGCAAUCAGAUACACUCUCUGCCGUGUUUGAAACAUAUUUUCGGAUCUUAAGGCAUACAAUGCAUUCAAUUACUGCUAAGCCUGAAGCAAGUAUUACUGCAUCUACCACUAGCCCAUUUGGAUCCCAUCCUCUGCUUGCUCCAUGUUUGAAUGGAUUGGGGAAAUUCUCACAUCUCAUCGAUUUAGAUUUCAUGGGUGAUCUUAUGAAUUAUCUGAAAAGGCUUGCUUCUGGUGGUGAUAAUUCUUCUGAGAAACAGUCGCAAUGUUUGACUGUGCCUGAGCGUCUUCAGUGUUGCAUUGUGGCGUUUAAAGUAAUGAGGAAAAACCUUGAUGCUUUGAAUGUUGAUCUGCAGGACUUUUUUGUCCAGCUGUACAAUAUUUUACUCGAGUACAGGCCUGGGAGAGAUCAUGGUGAAGUGUUAGCUGAAGCUUUGAAGAUAAUGCUGUGCGAUGAUAGACAGCAUGACAUGCAAAAGGCAGCUGCAUUUAUUAAGCGUUUGGCUACUUUCUCAUUAUGCUUUGGAUCCGCAGAGUCGUUGGCAGCCUUGGUCACCGUAAAGCAUCUUCUUCAGAAAAAUAUCAAGUGCCGCAACCUUUUGGAAAAUGAUGCUGGAGGAGGCUCAGUAUCUGGCUCAGUUGCGAAAUAUCAGCCGUAUGCCUCCGAUCCAAAUUUAAGUGGUGCCCUUGCAUCUGUUCUUUGGGAACUUGAUCUUCUGUGGAAGCAUUAUCAUCCAACUGUCUCAACAAUGGCUGCAAGCAUAUCAAGCAUGAAUAAUGCUCAAAACCAAGUUUAUGUCGCCACUGUUUCUCCUCAACAGGCUUUCAAAGAGUUGUCGUUGGAACAGGAGUCUUUCAACCCACAAUUUAACGUCAGAAAAGCUAACAAGAGAAAAAGAGGUAGCGAGUCUUCUCAGUCUUCUCUCGAUACGUGCAGUGCCAUUGACGAAAAUGAGGUGAAGGAGAAGCUUUCAACAAGAUUCAGUCUUCUCCGGGAUAUCAAGGAAAACGAAAGAUUGAGGGCCGACUUGGGCCGCACCACUCUGUCUUUGCAGCUAUAUGAAGAAUACAAAAGGCAGAAGAAAAGAACUAAAAAGUCAAGAAAUAUUUGAGCAAUGGUGAAGGCAAAAAAUUUUGAUAGUUUUUCCUUUUUAAAUUUAUUCUGGUUCUGAAUUCUUCAAGUUUGGAAGAAAUGGAGUCCAUUUAAGUGAAGGAAACAAAUGGUGGUCGAUUCUGAGAGCAGAAAGUUCAAUUGCUUCCGCAGCAACAUUAGUUAGAGCAAUCUCUGGAACUUGAGGUUGAGCGGGUGAAGAAGAAUUUUCAGUAGACAGACAAUGAUUUGUAUUUGUAAUUUAUAGUUGAUCGAUUGAAUUAAAUUGGAAAUGAUAUUAUUAUUCAGACCGCGUAGAUGACAACCAACCGUAUGGCAUCGAGUCUUCACCAAAUGAUUGUCUCCGAGCAUACGCACAACUCAUUAAAGAGAUCGGCUAACCAACAGCAACAGCAUGUCAAUCAAUUCCCAACUUAGGAUAUUUCUUUUUCCUAGAAAAGGAAUAAAUAAAUAAAAUAAAUGUAA